AUGCAAUCAUCAUCGAAUACAAGACGAAAUUCUACUAUUAGUAGUGAACUAAAAAGUACAAAUCAAAAUAAUGAUGAUAUUCUAGCACCACCUCCAUCGUAUACAAGUGUUAUUUAUAAAUUAGAAAAUCCAUCAUACCAACAUGAUAACAAUUUUGUACCAUUACCACCAAGUUAUACCGGCGUAGAUAAUCCAAAUGUUGUCUAUAUUAAUAAUUAUCCUGGACCACCAUUAGAAGAUGGUAUUAUAGAAAUAAAUUCUUCUAAUCCGGUUGUGAUUAAUCAAUCUAUGAUGACAGCAUUUUCUCUAUCAAAAAGAAUGCAAACUUAUUUUAAUAUUAAUGGUAUAUUAAUGAUAUUAUUUGGUAUUAUAACAGGUGGUCUACAGAUUGGAUUAAUAAUAUCACAUUCAAUUGUCUUUUACUAUUAUGGUUUUUGGGCUGGUGCCCUUAUUAUUUGUCUUGGCAUAUGUACAAUUAUAUUUAAUCGUCGUUCUGAGCGAUGUAAUAUAGUGAAAUAUUUUCACUCUUAUGUAUGGCAAACUAUAUUUAUUGCUGUUGUACUUGGUUUUGGUAUUAUUAUUAUAGCAGUAGAUAAAUGUGAUGAUAAUUUAUCAGUCGAUAAUACUAAUAAUGUUGCAUGUAAACGUUCAUAUAAACUACUUAAUGGUUUAUUAUUAGGUUUCAUUGCAUUAGCAUUCGCACAAUCGGUUAUAAACACAAUUAUUUUGAAUCUUAUGAGAAAACGACGCAUGAGGAUUUAA